AUGCUGCAUUGCAAUGGCUGGCUGACUGGCCACACAACAUCUUCUGAGCCUACAUCAGGCCUGACCUUGACGAUCCCACCCACUCACAACUCUCUCUUCCUAUCCACCCUUCGUCUCAACUACCGACACACAUCCUCCGGAGUCUGGCACUGUCAGGAGGACAUCUCAUCUCCUUCAUCAACGCCUGCCUCCGCCACCCAACUCAACAAACGUCCUUCCUGUUUUCGUUUCUUGGAAGUGGAAACAGGUACUUGUGCAUGGAAGGAGACGUGUAGCGAGGGUUCACCACGGUCACACUUUGCGGCGGUCAGACAUCAUGGCUGCUACGCUCACGCCCCAUGGCGGCCAAACUCCACUCUCCAUAGCGGCCACACUCCACGCUCAAUGCCUGCUACGCUUCACGUUUCACACUUCAUGGCGGCCACCCUUCACGUCUCACACUUCACGGCGGCUACGCUUCACUCUCCAUGCCGGCUACACUCUACUCUCUAUGCCGGCCACACUCCACGCCCAAUGCCGGCCACGCUUCACGUUUCACGCUUCAUGGCGGCUACGCUUCACGCUUCGCAGCGGCCACAUUCCACGCUCAAUGCCGGCCACGCUUCACGUUUCACACCUCAUGGCGGCUACGCUCACGCCCCAUGGCGGCCACACUCCACUCUCUAUGCCGGCCACGCUUCACGCUCCAUCACGCUCUAUGCCGGCCACAAUGCAUUCACGGGGUUGGCAAUGCAUUCACGGCGGCGACAAUCCGUUCUGGCGGCUACGCUUUAUGCUCUAUGGCGGCCACAAUGCAUUCAUAGGAGUGAGAAUGCCUUCACGACGGCCACAAUGCAUUCAUAG